AUGGUAUUAGUGUGCAACCAAGAAGGAAACUUUGGGUCUGUUGGAAGUGAUUCAGCUGAAGAAGAAACUGAAGACGAUGACAGCUCUUUUCAGCUUAUGGAAGGAGUUUCUCCAGACUCGAAAGAAACAUCAAGCUCAAGUCUUGAUUUUCAUCCUCGCAAGCCGGCAGGAACCGAUUCAGCUAAAGCUGCUAAUGGAACUCGGUUUAGCGGGAUGAACAGAGAGGGAAUCAAGGGAAAGGCAAAAUUAGGCUCUUCUUCUAAAGAAUAUGAAGGUUUUCUUCCAAGAAACCAACCUUCGGCAGCAGAUGGAAAUGCUGAAGCUCUAGACCGAAAUGGUGUUCCUAAUGAUAUUCCUUGUUUCACUAUCCAAAUGCUAGACUCUCAUCUCCCUCCGCGGUCUACAUUGAGUGUGCCUUCAUGGUUUGCCAUAAAAUAUUUGAAGGAAGAAGAAGGGGAUAUCACUCUUUCAGUUUUGAAUGAGGGAAGUUGGCGGGCUAAGUACCGUGUUUGCAAGGCUUCGAGGGGAUCAAGAGUAAGGUUGAAAGAAGGCUGGGGCAGAUUUGCCCUGAAGAAUGGCUUGGAAGUCGGUGAUAUUUGUUCCUUUUAUUUGCUCAAACGUGAUAAGGUAGUGUUUCAAGUUUCAAUUUCCCGACCUGAUAAAAAAUGA